CAUCCAUAUGUUUACGAACAUUCAGAUGGAAACUCCAUUGCAUCAUUUUGCGUAACGUAAACGUAGAUAAAUCGAUUUUCCUGUGCCGCGACCGCCCGCCCUUAUCCCCGUAAAAGUAGCACAGUUGUAGUGAACCAGGAAAUGCCGGGCAGAACACACGCUCGAGGCUCCUAAAAUCAGGCAUAUGCCGCCUACAAGAAUAACUGGACGUACUUUUAAUAAACAAUGGAUUUAUGUAAAGUGCUUCUAUCACUGUUGAAUUGCAAUGGUGACUCCGUGGCUUCUACUUCGCGUGCGCAGUGCUCCCAGGAUUCACAAGGAAUGCAAAAUGAAACGUCUUCCGAGGAACAGGAUAAUGAAGCAGCUGGGCCUGGACCAUCCCGGAUAAAUAAAGUGCCUGCGAAUAACGCGUCGCCGAUAGCCGCCGAGAUGCUGGCUCACUUGCUCAAGACGCGCCCGCCCCUCGGUCAGCUGAUGCUGGUGGCGCCGGGCUGCGACUCCAACCCCGGGAGCCCAUCAACCUCGCCCACCGCAGUCUCGCCCUCCUCCUCCGCUGAUAAAAUUGACAACCGUGAUCCUUUCGUGAUCUACCCGGACGCGCCUGACAUGCGCCGCGAAGAGGAACGGCUCAAGACUUUCGACAAAUGGCCCGUUACAUUUCUAUCGCCUCAGCUUCUCGCGAGAAAUGGAUUCUAUUAUCUGGGCCGCGGAGACGAAGUAAGAUGCGCAUUCUGUAAAGUCGAAAUUAUGAAAUGGGUGGAAGGCGACGAUCCCGCUAAAGACCAUCAGCGCUGGGCUCCGCAGUGUACGUUCCUGAGACGCCAGGCCAGCUCCGGCAACGUGCCCAUGGAGUCCUCGCCCACCACCGCCGGCCGCGACGAGUGUGGAGUCCGAGCGGCCGUUACACCCAACCCCAUUCGUAUGCCGGGGCCCGUUCACCCUCGCUACGCUUCCGAAGCUGCCCGCCUCCGAAGUUUUUCCGAUUGGCCGCGGAGUAUGCGCCAGAAACCAGAGGAACUCGCCGAAGCGGGCUUCUUCUAUACCGGCCAAGGUGACAAAACUAAAUGUUUUUACUGCGAUGGUGGGCUUAAAGACUGGGAAAAUGACGAUGUCCCAUGGGAGCAACAUGCGCGUUGGUUCCACCGCUGCGCGUAUGUACAGCUGGUUAAGGGCAAGGAGUACAUUCAGAAAGUGAUCUCGGAGGCCAGCGUCAUCCCCGCCCCUGCGGAGGACAAAGAGCCGAAAGCUCCGCCCUCGACGUCCGUGGAGAAGCCGAGCGAGAAGGAGGCGAGUCCGGUGGAAGACACGAAGCUGUGCAGGAUCUGCUACAACGAGGAGCGGAACGUGUGCUUUGUGCCGUGCGGCCACGUGGUCGCGUGUGCGAAGUGCGCGCUGUCGACGGACAAAUGCCCAAUGUGCCGAAGGACGUUCACGAAUGCAGUGCGUCUCUAUUUCUCGUGAGAUGGCUCCCUCACAAGACUUGUUGCUAGUCACUUCCCCGGGCGGCCCUGCGCGUGCUGAAACCACGCCGACUACCGCAACUGUGAUUUAACAUUUCGUGUAAUUAUAUAUUUAAAAAAAGCGGUGGGGCAACUGUAGUAGUUCGGGUAACAGAAAGAACACACAGGAGUUAAUUGUAGAUGUUGAAAUGAUUAUAAAUUAUUUAUUGUUUAAAAGUAAAAUGUCAUUAAUUGUAAAUAAAUCUAUUGUAAAUAUUAGCUUAUCAUUUUGUCCCACCGACAAAAAUGAAAGUCUUAAACUUUCUAAUGCAAUUGCAAAGUCGUCAUGCAUUUAUUAACAUAAUCUAGUAAGCUUCAUAGUAGUCGACACAGCAGAGCUAUAAGGCCCAGUCUCCAUCUAAGCGGACAGGUGAGGAGAAGUGUUCAGUCAACCUAUCAGAUUCAUAAGAAAAAAUAAUCACAUCAUCUUCUAAAAAUCUGAUUGGUUGACCGAUCUCUUCUCUGUUCUGCUGAGGUGGAGCCUGGGUCUAACGAUAGUACACUGCAUAAUUCCUAACAAACUAAUAAUUUCAAUUUAGUGCACUAAAUGAGUGACUUUGUUGAUUGCAUUACAAAAGUAUAAUGAACAUUUAAUUUUCCAUUAAUGCAAAACAGUAAUUGAAUUGUUUAAGUAAUUUGUUUAUAAUUUGCAAAAUAGGGUCUGCACAAGUAGGUACGUAUGAAAUUUAUGUUAGUGCAGUAUUAAACUUAAUAAAUGACUUGAUGUUAACAAUUGUUCCUGUAAAUAGUUUAUUUUGACAAUAACGGGAAAAGUAAAGUAUUAGGUAGACAUAACGAUAAGUGGAGAAAAAUAAUAUGGUAAAACAUGCUCAGAAAUUAUUAGCCAAAAAUAUUUUUUAUAGGAUCUAUAAAAGUGAAUCUAGUAAUAAAAAUUCCGAUACGAAUAUCGGGAGUUUAUUAGUGGAUUUACAGAAGAUCUGCAUUUAAAUUUCAUUAAUAUAAUUCUUAUAUCACAAAACUAUUUAGACAUGCGAAAUAAUAAUUGGACAUUACAAAGCACAUAUUUAAUUACUUAAUUAAUAACAAUUCAUAUCAUGUAAUAUUCACGUAAUUGAUAGUAUCACAGAACUGAUUUUUAAUUUUUAGCCUUAACAUUUAAAUAUAUCACUGAAAUUGAUUAUUCAGAGAAUUUAUAAGAGUCACAUUCAAUAAUGUUUUUGUCAUAGUUAAUUAUUAUUUCUUCCUGUUGAUGUUAUUAAUAAAGAUAAAAAUGUUAAAU